GACAAAACAACCUCCAAUGGCGUCGUCUUCUUCAACAUCAUCCAUUAAGAAGAGCUAUCAGUAUGAUGUGUUUUUGAGUUUCCGUGGUGAAGACACGCGUAAGAACUUUGUGGAUCACCUUUAUGAGGCUCUUCACCGACACGGUAUUCACACUUUCAAGGACGAUGAGAGACUCAAACAAGGAAAAAACAUCAAUGACCAGCUUUUUAAGUCUAUUGAAGACUCAAAGUUGUUUAUCAUAGUUUUCUCAAAGAAAUAUGCAUCUUCGUCUUGGUGCUUAAAUGAACUUGUAAAGAUUAUGAAGUGCCAAAAGUUGAAUGAGCAAAUUGCUUAUCCUGUUUUCUACGAUGUGGAUCCCUCUGAAGUUCGCAAACAACGUGGACCAGUUGGAGAAGCACUUGACAAACAUGCCAAUAAAGAGAUCGGGGAAUGGAGAGAAGCUUUGACAAAAGCAGCCAAUUUGUCUGGGUGGGAUUUGAGGAACACUACAGAUGGGCAUGAAGCCAAAGUUAUCAAGUUAGUAAUUGAGCGGAUUUCACUUGAGUUACGAUCCAUUAAUGUGAACCUUGAUGAUAAAUUAGUAGGCAUGGAACCCCGGCUACAGGACUUUGAGAAGUCUUUAGAUGUCACGUCGAACGAGGUUCGCAUGAUAGGGAUCAAGGGGAUGGGAGGUGCUGGUAAGACUACACUAGCUAGAGCUGUGUUUGAUAGAAUAUCCAUUCACUUUGAAGCUACAAGCUUUGUUGAGAAUGUCAGGGAGGUUUCAAAAGUGCCGGUGUCCGGUCUAUUGUCAUUGCAAAGAAAGAUCCUUUCAGAUUUGCUGAAUGACCAAGGCGACAACGUAGGUAGUGUCCAUGACGGGAAAAACAUGUUGAAAACAAGGUUGCGCGCUAGUAAGGUUCUAGUGGUUUUAGAUGAUGUGGAUCAUCAAGAGCAGCUUGAGGCAUUAGCUGGUGAUCUUAAUUGGUUCAAGCCUGGAAGUAGAAUUAUCAUAACAACAAGAGACGAGCAAGUGUUGAUAGCACAUAGAGUGGAACGGAUUUGUGAUGUCAGUCUAUUAUCACAUGAGGAAGCGAUUGGCCUCUUCAGUAGGCACACGUUUGGGAAAGAUCUUCCAAUUCAAGAGUAUGAAAAGGAAUCACAACAAGCUGUACAAUAUGCUGCUGGCCUUCCCUUGACAAUCAAAGUUUUGGGUUCAUUUCUGUGUGGUAAAGACAAGCCUGAAUGGGUGGAUGCAUUAGAAAGACUCAAAAUAAUACCAUUGAAGGAGACUCUUGAAAAAUUGGAGUUAAGCUAUGCAAGUCUGGAGGAUGACUGUAAGGAAAUAUUCCUAGAUGUUGCAUGCUUACUCAAGGGGUUGGAGAAAGACGAAGCAAUAAGAAUACUUGAAGGUUGUGGAUAUCAUGCUAGAACUGGUUUAAAAGUUCUUGAGCAGAGAUCUCUAAUAACUUUUGAGCCUGAUUUUUUUCGAUUGAGGAUGCAUGAUCAUAUUGAAGAAAUGGCCAAGAAUAUUAUACGUCGUUUGCACCCAGAUGAGCCCAACAAACAUAGCAGAUUGUGGAUUCAGGAUGAAAUUGAAUAUGUAUUGGAUAACAACUUGGGAUCUGAAGCGACAAGGUCUAUAAGGCUAGAGUUCAAUCCCGAUAUUGUUUUGGAAGGUCUUGGAAACAUGAAGAAACUUAGAUGCCUUAUUGUAGAUUAUUACGAUAUGUAUGGUGUUGACCUUUUUGUUGGUGCACUUGUGUCUGUACUUUGUCUGUAUUCGGUCUGAUAUAAACGAUGUCCUGAUUUGUAUUGUAA